GUUCGUUUUAAUCAGAGGGUGAUUUAGUAUUAGCGAUGCUGUGGUUGUGUCUAUGUGUGUUCGCCUUCUCCGCGGCACCAGCAGCGGCGGUGGUGGGUGGAGCACCCGCGGCCGCGCCAGAGCCCGACGCUGCUGUGGUAUUCACGCAAAAGCAUGGCUUGAGUGCCAGAUUGGAGGGUCUGAAGGACGACCGGCUGGGCUAUUACACGUUCGCUGGCAUAAGAUAUGGCGAACCGCCAAUGGGUGAAAGAAGAUUCCAGCGGCCAGUACGACAAUAUUUGGCUGGGGAGAUCAAUGCCACAAGGUACUGUGCGCCUUGCCCGCAACUGGACCCUCGAGGAUCGGGGCAAAUCAUUGGCAACGAAGACUGCUUAUGUCUUAAUGUAUUUGCACCAAAGAUGCCUGGGGAUGAACAAGGUUCUCCUGUUGUCAUAUUUAUUCAUGGCGGUAAUUACAGAACUGGAUCUGCUACUCAAUACGGGGGCCAGCAUUUAACUCAAAAGGACACGAUACUAGUGACCGUGCAGUAUCGUCUGGGCUCUCUCGGUUUCCUAAGCACGGGACAAAAGGACGCGUCGGGGAACACUGGACUGUUUGACAUUCGCGCCGGGCUUGAGUGGGUUAAAGAGUACAUAGAGUUCUUCGGUGGAGACCCGUCACGUGUGGUCGUUGCGGGUCACGGAUCCGGCGGUAGUGCAGCAUCCCUCGUGGGCUUAACACCUGAAGGACGUUCAGCAGGAGUAGUGGCGCUGUCAGGAGCACCUCUGUCUCCCGGCGCGAUAAGGAAUGAAACGCAGACCAUUGAACACUCAGAGGCCGUGGCUGAAAAGACAGGAUGCCCUAAAGCUCCACCUGAAAGCUUGAUUAUGUGCUUGAGGAAACUGCCCAUGGAAAAAAUCGUGCAGGUAGAUAAAGAUAUCAAAGGAGAUAUGUUGAACACUAGAGCAUUUUUGGAGGAUAUUUCUGGUACUGAAGGUUCCGGACCCCGAUCGGAAGGGAAAGACGAUGAGCGUGGUUUACCGCCUUUGGUAGAAGAGAAACCCAAUGAGUCUUUAAAAAAGAAGCGUCAGAGAAACGCAAUGCUGACGGGCGUUGUGUCUGCAGAGACUUCACGUGCUGUUUAUGGAAAAUAUUCAAACUUCCUCACUCAACAAGCGAAAGCAGUAACAGAUUUCAUCAAGAAGGAUCUGAUCGGUAACCUCCGGGGUGUAAUGGAGACGGUUGGAGGUUUGGACGUCGUGGGCAUUCAAAAUGUACUGCCACUACCGGAAUACUAUGGAGCUCUGCUUGAUACCUCGACUAAAGCAGUUGAUGUUCUCAGCCAAGUUGUUGAAGCCACUGGUGAUGCACUUUUCAACUUCCCUGCGUACCAAAGUGUGAGGGAGUGGAGUGCGGCGGCGCCUGCGUUCCUGUACAGCUUUGAGCAUGUCGGUAACCUUACAAAGGGCUCGCAUUUUCUACCUGGCCUUGCCCUGACUCAAGGAACAAAUAAUCCCACGGAUAAAAAAGCCAAAGGGCCGGCCCAUGGUGACGAAUUGGCUUACAUCUUCGAACCUUUGGACGAGGAGGGCAGAUCUGUAGCAGGAGACAUAUCUUCCUCCGAUGUGAAAGUUAGAGAUUCAUUUGUUUCCCUCAUCGCCAAGUUUGCUCACAGCAAACCUGAGACAAACACAUCUAAGACAAACGAUGAGAACGUUUUUUCGAAUUUCCUUGGAUUUAAGCCAUAUUCGGCGGAUAGCGAGCAGUUCUUGAAAAUUGGAGAUAAGAUAACCGUGGAUAAGAAUUUCAGAUUCUGUCAAAUGGGCUUGUGGGGUAAUAUGGCAGAUAGAAUUACUGGAGCUUUCUGCAAAGGUAUCCUUGAGAAACUUCUAGAUCCUUCGAAACUACUGGGGACCGCGAAUGACUUAGUCAAGCCUGUUAAUAUACUAAAUCAAGGAGUGCUAGGAGGAUCGGGCAAGGGUCAGAGACCAACCGGUAACCAGAUACCAUCAUCGGGACUAUUGGAUUCAGGACUUGGAGGUCUUGUGGGGCCUUCCAAACCAAAACCUUCACCCGCUGUAAGACCAAUGUGGAGUUCACCAUUCAAUAAUCCGCUUGGAUUUUUGCUCAAAUAAGUAUUAUUAUACUGAACGUGAGUGGGUCGUUGGUGAUCAUUUUUCUUGUACUUAUGAAUAAAUAGCUUUUCUUAAUUA